CUGAGAGGCAGAGUAGGUGCGACCGGAAGGCUAAAAUAAAGAUGUAAAUAGUGACAGUCGAGGAGUUGGUCUUUCAAAUGUCGUAUGCUGGAGCGGUAGGAGAACCGUACGCACAGCAACCCCGCCAGUGAAAAUGAGACAUAAAACUGCUCCUUGUGUCACUAGUGCUGGACUUUGUAAGGGUGCCCUGUAGCUAUGGACACCAAUACCAACGACAGCGCCUUCCCCAGCUAUGUGGAUUUGGACAAGUUCCUCGUGAAGCAUGACUCCAACUUCGUGUGGCUUCUUAUGGCCACCAUUCUGUCCUGUGGAUGGAUUAUAUACCUGACGUACUACAACUCCCGCAACAUCGGCCUCAUCUUGACCCUCAUCAUCAACCGACUCUACAAAAAUGGAUACAUUCAUAUCGGCUCCUUCUCCUUCUCCGUGCUCUCCGGCAAGGUCAUGUUCCGGGACGUGUACUACAUCAACGAGGACAUGUCUAUCAGAAUCCAGGACGGCUUCCUGAUAUUCCGCUGGUGGAAGGUGUACAACCCCAAACAGAAGCAGCAUGACCCGAAGGCGGAAACCAGGCUUUACGUGACCGUGAACGGGUUCGAGUUCCACGUCUACAACCGCACCGACCUGUACUCCCGGCUGCAGGAGACGUUCGGCCUGGAGCCCACCCUCACGGGGCACAAGAAAGGGGAGGAGCAGGACGAGACUCUGAACAGUGUUUCCAUCACAACGGAGUCCCCAGACCCAGCGUCGUCCUGGAGAUCCCUCAUUCCUGUCAUCAAAGUCAACAUCAGCACCGGCCGCCUGGCGUUUGGGAACCACUACCUGCCCCAGACGCUGUGCGUGCACUUUGACGACGCCUUCCUCACCUACACCACCAAGCCUCCCUCCAGCCACCUGGACCAGUUCAUGCACAUCGUCAAGGGGUCUGUGGAGAACGUGCGCGUCAUGCUGGUGCCCAGCCCCCGCUACCUGGGCCUGCAGAACGACGAGCCCCCCAGACUAAUGGGAGAAGGUUUCGUGGUCAUGCAGUCGAACGACGUGGUCAUCUACUACUACAUGGACGAGCCAGGUCUGGUCACUGAGGAUGUAGAGAAUGGAGAAGCAGAGGGCUGCAGCGAAGGCACGAAACUCCAGGAUCUGCCCCCCUGCUGGGGGCUGGACAUCGUCUGCGGCAAAGGCACCGAUUUCAACUACGGCCCCUGGGCCGAUCGGCAGAGGGACUGUCUGUGGAAGUUCUUCCUGCCGGCUGACUACCAGUCCAUGAAGGUGACCGACCUCGCCCAGCCGGGGAAGCCGCGCCAGAUCCUGGCCUUCGAGCUGCGCAUGAACAUCAUCGCCGACGCCACCAUCGACCUGCUCUUCACCAAGAACAGGGAAACCAACGCGGUCCAUGUGAAUGUUGGGGCGGGUUCCUACCUUGAGGUCAACAUCCCCAUGACUGUGGGGGAGAACGGUUACUCCCCCACCAUUAAAGGGCAGCUCCUGCACGUGGACACCACCAGCAGCAUGCUGUACCGCACCCUCCUGGAGGCAGAGAUGCUGGCCUUCCACGUUAACGCCAGCUACCCCCGCGACUGGAACAUGCCCCAGUCCUGGCAGUGUGAGAUCGAGGUGUACAAGGCCACCUACCACUUCAUCUACGCGCAGAAGAACUUCUUCACAGACCUGAUCCAGGACUGGGCCAGUGACAGUGCCCCGGACAUCUACUCCUUCGUGCCGUACGCCUGGAAGUUCAAGAUCCUGUUCCACCAGUUUGAGAUGAUCUGGGCUGCAAACCAGCACAACUGGAUCGACUGCUCCACCAAACAGCAGGAGAAUGUGUACUUGGCGGCCUGCGGGGAGACUCUCAAUAUCGAUUUCACGCUGCCUUUCAACGAGUUCGUCCCGACCACCUGCAACAUGCGCUUCUGCCUCAGGGCGGAGGACACGGACCUGCAGCUGUCCCUGCCGGAGUGCCACCCCAGCCGCUACCCCCUCCUCACCCUGGCCAAAGACUACCAGCCCAACAAGCUGCCCCCCGAGACCUGCAUGCCUGGGGAGGGACCCGGAGCACCCCCCAAACCGGGCAAGCCCCGCUGGAGGAACAUCACCCACGCCGAAGCCGGUUGGGUCGACUGCUGGACGGUGCCGAACUUCACGCUCAUCAUAGACUACACCUGGCACCCCAUCUACCCCCAGAAAGCCGACGAGCAGCUGAAACAGACCCUGUCAGAGAUGGAGGAGUCGAUGCUCUCGGCUCUGAGACCCCCGGAGUACACGCCCAUAGUUCCACCCCAGCCCAGCAGGGCGGUGACUGACCCGUCUGAGCUCACCCCCGACCGGCUGCACGUGGAGAUGGAGCUCUCCCCGGACUCCCAGAUCACCCUCUACGGUCCGCUGCUGCGCGCCCUCGUGUCCAUCAAGGAGAACUACUUUGGGGAGGACGACAUGUACACGGACUUUGAGGAGGCCGUGUCCAGCCCGGUGCUGUCCAUGUCCACGUCCUCCAGCUCAGGCUGGACGGCUCUGGGGAUGGAGGACAGCGAGCGGCGGGACGCGGGGCCGGCCGUCCACCCCCUGACCCUGCGGCCCUGGGACAUCACCGUGCUCAUCAACCUGUACAAGGUGCACGGCCGGCUGCCCGUGCACUGCAGCAGUGACGGUCCGGAGGGGCCCACAGGGUACUUGGAGAGGCUGUGCUUUGAGAUGAAGAAGGGCUACAAAGAGACCAUGCUGCAGCUGGUGCUCUCUCCCAUGCACGUGUUCGUCAGCGACAGCUACCAGCGGCCGGCGGUGGACGGCGUGUUGCGGGAGGGCCACCUCAGCCUAUCAGGGCUGCAGAUGCGCGCUCACGCCAUGUUCUCGGCCGAGGGGCUGCCGCUGGGCAGCGAGACGCUGGAGUACGCCUGGCUCAUCGACAUGCAGGCCGGCGCGCUCACCGGGAAGGUCACCGUGCCGCAGAUGGCCAGCCUGGUGGAGUGGGGGGAGACCUUCGUCUUCCACGUGGUGUCUCGAGAGUUCCAGCUGGAGCGCCCAAAGUCCUCCAUCAUCUGCCAGCACGGCGUGGACCGGCGCAUCUGCGAAGCCAAGCUGGCAUCCCUGCCGGGGCCCUGCCGGACCUCGGAGGACCUGAAGUACACCAUGACGCGUCUGUCGGUGGACACCGUUGACGUCUUCAUCGCCGAACACGGAUGCGCGGCCAACAUCAAGACCAACUUCAUCCGCCUGGCCAACUGUAACCUGCACAACCAGGCGGUGGGGGAGGGCAUCAGUGCCGUGGUGCAGGACCUGCAGGUUCGGCAGUACCUGGAGCAGCAGGACGGGGUGCGGGCGUGCCCUAUGGGCCUGCAGCCCGCCGUCCUGCGCCGCUCCGUCUGGCUGGAGGCCGGCUGCGCCAACUUCGCCCUCAUCACCGCCGACGUGGCCCUGGCCGCCGACCACCCCGCCAAGCACCAGGUCCAGCGCCAGUUCCUGGAGCUGCACGACAGCCGCACCAAACGGCUGUGGUUCCUCUGGCCGGAGGAGGUGGUGCGGAACAAGCGCAGCAAGAACAAGUGCGGCUGCCUGGGGGGGUGCCGCUUCUUCGGGGGUACGGCCGCGGGGCUGGACUUCUUCCGGCUGGACGAGAUCACGCCCUCCAGCAGCUCCGCCUUCUCCUGCUCCAGCGCCGAGACGGACAUGUGCUACGGCCAAUCCCUGCUGCAUCCCAGCGAGUGGAUCGUCACCAAGGACACGCCCAAACUGCCAGACGGGAGGAGCGGGGUGAGGAAGGAGGGCCGGUCCCCGGGCCCCGAGCUGGAGAAGAGGGGCCAGCCGCUGAGCCUGCAGGUGCCCCAGCGCUCCCAGAGCUCCGCCUCCUCCUCCGAGGAGAACAGCUCCUCCAGCGCGGUGCUCCCCCUGCUGGCCGGGGAGCGGGACAGCCCGUCGCCCAGCGCCGACGAGCGCCCGGGCCCCCCGGACCACCCGCCGCCCCCCAGACCUGGCGCCGACCUCAACGGAGAGGUCAUAGGACCGGAGCCGCCCGACGCCACGCCCGUGUCCCCUGAGAGGGGGCCCCUGCGCUCGCCCCUGCGCUCCCCGCUCAGGCGCCAGUCCUCGGUGCAGUCGGGCCGGCUGGGCAGCACCAAGAGCCUGUCGGCCGCCGUCUUCGCCGACAAGCCGCCGCCGCCGGCCGGCGUGCAGUUCAGCAGCGAGGUGUCGCGCAGCGACGAGAACGUGCUGGACUCGCCGCGCCAGCGCCGCAGCUACGGCUCCUUCCCCUUCACGCCCUCGGCCGACUCCUCCACCUUCCACCAGUACCGCUCGGUGGACUCCAGCAUGUCGGUGGCCGACAGCGAGGCCUACUUCUCGGCCGCCGAGGAGCUGGAGCCAAUCAGCAGCGACGAGGGGCCGGGCACGUACCCGGGCCGCAAGCGCAAGCGGCGCCAGCAGCAGGCGCAGCAGCAGCAGCAGCAGCAGGCGCGGCACAUGGACUACAGCCGCAGCUCCAUCUACCACAGCGUGGAGGGCCCGCUCACCUACCUGCUCAACGGCGAGGUGGUGACCGAGCCCCGCCCGCCGCCCAUCCGCAGCCACGCCUCCCAGGCCUCCUUCGUCUCCGCCCUGGGCAUCGAGGAGGAGGGCUCCCUGGAGGCGGAGAAGGCGCCCGAGCCGGGCCUGGCCUCCUCCGAGCCCCGGGUCAUGGCCUGCUACCAGAGCUACCUGGCCCACUACCACGUCUCCAACUGGUCCGUCAAGCAGCCCACCAACAAGAGGACCUCCAAGUCCUCCUUGCACCGCCCCCUGGACCUGGACACGCCCACCAGCGAGGAGAGCUCCGCCUCUUUCGACCAGCUCUCCAUACCCACCUUCAAGGUGGUGAAGCAGGGGCUCUCUGCCAGCUCCCUGCUCGACCGGGGGGUGCAGAUGAUGGGCGGCUCGAACAGCACGCCGUACACCCCGCUGGAUAAGAAGGCCAUGGAGAACACGGACGACGACACCACCACCGAGGACUGGAGCCUGGACCAGCCCCUGUCCCAGACGCGCACCACCGCCAUCGUGGAGGUCAAGGGGGUCGUGGACGUGGUGCUCACCCCCCUGGUGGCGGAGGCCCUGGACAGAUACAUCGAAGCGAUGGUUCACUACGCCAGCAUUCGACACCCCGCCUCCAUCCUGGACGACCUGCACGGGAAGGUGCUGAACGAGGCGUAUCAGAUCAGCAAGUCCACCGUGACCGACGCGUCUGCAGCGAAGCCGGAGCAGAAGACCACCAAGCCCGAGGGGACCACGCCCGGCCAGACGGACCUGUCAGUCAAACCGGACAAUGUGAAAAUUAAGGGUCUGCAAGCCAACGUGACCAUCCCUAAGGUGAACCUGUGCCUGCUGCAGGUUUCUGUGGAGCAGGGCUCUCCCUCCAGCAGCAGUAAGAACGUCACGCACGUCUCCCUGGUGGCGCUCUGCUUCGACCGCAUCGCUACGCAGCUGCGCAUGAACAGGGGCAUUGUGGAGGAGGGAGCGGGCACGCUGGCCCGGGGCCUCUCAUGCUGGACAAGUACGCCACCAAGAUGCCCGCAGUCGUCCGGCUCGCUGCGCUCCAACGCCGGCAUCGAGAAGGGCAAGGAGAUCGCCGCCAAGCUGCACGUGCACCGCAUCCACGGCCAGCUGCGCGGCCUGGACUCCUCAGACAUGGGCACCUGCUCCAUCACGGCCAUCCCCUUUGAGAAGUCCAAGGUGCUGUUCAGCCUGGAGGAGCUGGACGACUUCUCCUUCGUGGACGAGACUGAGACCCCAGGCAGCGGCGACCCCGCCCGCCAGGCCCCCGCCCCGGAGAAGUGGGGCUGGAUCAUGUUCGAGUGCGGCAUCGAGAACCUCACCGUCAAGGGAGGCCGCCAGUCGGGGGCGGUGUUGUACAGCGCCUUCGGCGUGAUGGGGAAGGCGGACGGAGCGGAGAAGAACGGCCGGACCAAGUCCAACGGCUCCACGGGCUCCCAGACGGGCAGCGGCUACAGCACCGACGUGUCCGAGGAGAACCUGCCCCACGACGCCGCCAGCCCCGGCUCCGACCCCAACGGCCACUCCGACUCCGACGAGCAGGACGAGGGGGUGGAGUCUGACGAUCUGAAGAAGGACCUCCCCCUCAUGCCCCCGCCCCCCGACUCCAGCAGUAUGAAGCUGACCAUUAAGGAGAUCUGGUUCAGCUUCGCCGCGCCCACCAACAUGCGCUCUCCUGCACAGGCCUUCUCCCGGCAGCUGAACCUGCUGAGCACCGCCACUCCCGCCAUCGGGGCGUGGCUGGUGCCCAUCGACCAGCUGAAGUCCUCCCUGCGCAAGCUGGACACGGAGGGGACGCUGCGCAUCUGUGCGGUCCUGGGCUGCAUCAUGACCGAGGCGCUGGAGAAAAAGAGCAUUCACAUUCCCAUCCGCAGCAAGUACAACCGGGUGACCAAGCGCGCGCGCUACCUGCACGAGAACCCGUCCUGCAUGCUCUGCAACAUUCUGCACCGCUACCUGCAGCAGGCCGACUACUCCACCAUCGAGGACGCCACCAUGAAUGACGGGCUGCCUGCUCUGGUGACUCUGAAGAAGGGUCUGGUGGCUUUGGCCCGGCAGUGGAUGAAGUUCAUCGUGGUGACCCAGGGCUUCAAAGCCAUCGGCCUGAUCAGACCCAUGCAGCUCCCCAAAGCCAAAGAGCCCCCGCAGAGCCAGUUCGAACCCGGGCCCGGCCAGGACAACGGCACCGGGCUGCACAGCGACACCAGCGCCGACGGGGCGGAGUUUGAGUUUGACGCAGGUCAGCCCCGCCUACUGCAGGGUGUUAGAGCCCAGAGCCCCACCUGCUCAGGGGGCAGCCUGCCCCAGAUCAUGAGGAAGCUCUCCAAAUCCCACACGUACAACGAGUCCGGCCUCAAGAUAAAGGGCUCGCACCCGUACCAGUCGCUGAGCUACACCAGCGGGGACACGGCGGCCGACUCCCCCGCCCACAUGAGCCGCACGGGGCUGCUGCUGAAGGACAGCCCCCGCAAGGAGAGCCUGCUCAGCUACCUGACCCGCUGAGCGUGCCACCAGCCCGCAGACACUCGCAGGAGACGCGCUGCCUCUCAGGCGAGGGCCCGCCGAUCGCCACGUACAGGGAACAACGUGGGGUCGGACAUGCUGACGGAGCACCCCCUGCUGUCGGAGCCGUCCUCCGUCAGCUUCUACAACUGGAUGUCCAACGCGGUGGGGAACCGACGGGGCAGCCUGGCCCAGGAGUCGCCCAUCAACCGCUCUCAGCACAACAGCCUGCCCACUGGAGUUCCCUGCAACCUGCCCACCAUCCCCUCGGCCUCAGACUUCAACACGGUGCUCUCCAGCGACCAGAACACGCUGGACGGCACGCACUCCCAGCACAGCACCAGCCAGGACGACAUCGCCGACAUCGAGGAGGGGAACCAGUGCCCCGUGGCCGUGCAGCUGGCCGACGCCCAGGUUGUGUUUAAACCCCUCCUGAGCCACACUGGGAUUCAGCCCCAAGACGCCACCCCUUUAAGCUACAAGAUGUAUUUUGGGGAGCACCUCUCCUUCUCGGGGACCCUGGAGUGCCUUCGAGCGGACAUCGUGGACUCGGACACGUCCAAGGACAGGAAGAACAAACGGUCCCGGAGGCAGGGAAUGAUCAACAUGCCGCCCCUGGAGUUCAAGCCGGCCCUGAUGAUCGAGACGUUCAGCCUGAACGCCGUGGUGAUGGAGAAGUCCAUGAGCACGCCCCAGAACUCCACCAGCGCCCUGUCCUUCCACGACCUCAACCGGCGCCACUACAACACCUUCCACUGCGACUUCACCAUCUCCUGCCAGUCCAUCAGCCAGCACGUGGACAUGGCGCUGGUGCGCCUCAUCCACCAGUUCAGCACCAUGAUCGACGACAUCAAGGCCACGCAGACCGACAUCAAGCUGAGCCGCUACACGGCCGGCUCCGCCUCGCCCACGCCCACCUUCAAGGCGCGCGGCCACCGCGACUUCCGCUCGUCCGACUUCAGCCGGAGCUCGCGCGGCAGCCUGAACGGCGCCAGCCGGGCGGGCGCGCAGAAGGGCAAGCGGGGCGCGGGGGCGGGGGCGGGCGGGGACACGCUGGGCCGGAAGGAGCCGCGCGGGCGGAGCUCGCUGGGCCGCUCGGAGCGACGCACCUCCAAGGUGUCGCGGAAGGGCUCGCGGGACGUGGCCGACCACAUGGCCAUCCAGAUGGACGACUCGGACUCCAUCACGGUGUCGGAGCAGAGCGAGCCGUCCGCCGAGUGCUGGCAGAACAUGUACAAGCUGCUCAACUUCUACUCCCUCAUCUCCGACCCCACCGGCAUCCUGGAGAAGGGCUCCCCCGAGAACUGCCUCCCAGAGGGCGGCCGCAGCCCCUCGGACCCCACGUGCCGCGUGGUGUUUGAGAACGAGCAGGACCCGUCCAGCCCCAGCCGGCCGAGCCGCCGGCGCAGCCUGGUGAGCUCGGAGCCGCAGCACGUCACGCUCAUCGUGUUCGGCGUGGGCAUGGUGAACCGCACGCACCUGGAGGCCGACAUCGGGGGCCUCACCAUGGAGGCCGAGCUCAAGAAGAUCCACGGCAGCUUCACGCUCAAGGAGAAGAUGAAGGACAUCCUGCACCAGAAGAUGACAGAGACGUGCGCUUCCGCUCACAUUGGGGGGGUCAACAUCGUCCUGCUGGAGGGCAUCACCCCAAACAUACAACUGGAGGAUUUCCCCACAUCUCCUACCAGCACAGCCAAACAAGAGUUUCUAACGGUAGUAAAGUGCAACAUCGCCAAGUCCCAGGCGCUGUACAGCGCCCAGCGCGGGCUGAAGACCAACAACGCCGCCGUGUUCAAGGUGGGCGCCAUCAUCAUCAACAUCCCCCAGCACCCCGCCACGCUCCACAGCAUGAUGGUCCGCAGCUCCCAUCAGCUCUCCAAGCAGAUCUCCGACCUCAUCCGCCAGCCCUCUGCCGCGCCCCCGCCCAGCAGGGAGGACACGGCCACGCCCCAGGCCUCAGACAAGACCUCCUCCAGCGUCAACCAGACCCCGGUGGAGGCCGAGUUCCCCCAGCUGCCCGAGGGGCUGGAGAAGAAGCCCAUCGUGCUCAAGUUCAGCGCCAUGAUGGACGGGAUCACCAUCGGGGCGGCGCUGUUGCCCUCCCUCAAGGCCGAGUACAAGAUGGGCCGGAUGAGGAGCCACGGCAUGACUGGUGCCCAGACGAGUUUCACGUUCGAACUGCCCAAUCACAAGCUGCGCUUCCAGUCCAAGGUGUCGCCGGUGGACACGUCCACCAUGCAGCCCUCCGCCAGCCUCACCCUCCCGCCAGUCACCAUGUCUGGCGAGUACAUCAUGGAGGACCACGACAGCCACUCCGACCAGGGAUGGGGCCCCGACGACUUCCCCACCAAGCCGGGCAACUAUCUCCAGGGCAACUACCUGCGCUGUGUUGCCGAGAUCGGCUCGUUUGAGCACAACCUAACCACCGACCUCCUGAACCACCUGGUGUUCCUGCAGAAGGUCUUCAUGAAGGAGGUCAACGAGGUCAUCCAGAAAGUCUCAGGAGGAGAGCAGCCCAUCCCACUGUGGAACGAGCAUGACAUUUCCACUGAUGGCGACAAGCCCAAGAUCCUCCUAUACUCACUCAACCUCACCUUUAAGGGUAUCCAGAUGACCGCCACCACCCCGUCCAUGCGGGCCGUGCGCUUCGAGACGGGCCUGAUCGAGCUGGAGCUGUCCAAUCGGAUCCAGUGCAAGGCCCAGCCCGGCAGCAGCAGCUACCUCAAGCUGUUCGGGAAGUGUCAGGUGGACUUGCACCUGGCGCUGGGUCAGAUCGUCAAGCACCAGGUGUAUGAGGAGGCAGGCUCGGACUUCCACCAGGUGGCGUACUUCCGCACGCGCAUUGGCCUGCGCAACGCCCUGCAGGAGGAGAUCAGCGGCUCCUCGGACAAGGAGGCCGUGCUCAUCACCCUCAACCGCCCGAUUGUCUUUGCCCAGCCCGUGGCCUUUGACAGAGCGGUGCUCUUCUGGCUCAACUACAAGGCUGCGUACGACAACUGGAACGAGCAGCGUCUGGCCUUGAACAAAGACAUCCACAUGGCCACCAAGGAGGUGGUGGACAAACUGCCUGGGAUCCAGCAGACCUCAGCCCAGGCCUUCAGCACCCUCUUCCUGCAGCUCACCGUCAACGACCUGGGCAUCUGCCUGCCCAUCACCAGCACCUCUCAGGCCAAUCACAGCCUCGACUUCGACACGGGCUCCGCCCUGGUGCUGACGAUCGAGAGCACGCUGAUCACCGCCUGCUCGUCCGAGUCCCUGGUCAGCAAGGGCCACUUCAAGAACUUCUGCCUCCGCUUCGCCGAGGGCUUCGAGAGGACCUGGGACGACUGGAAGCCCGAAGUGCGGGGCGAGCUGGUCAUGAACGCCUGUGUUGUCCCGGACGGAACCUAUGAAGUGUGCUCCCGAACCACGGGCCAGUCUUCUGCAGAGAGCAGCAGUGCGGGUACCUGGACUCUGAACGUCCUGUGGAAGAUGUGCGGUAUCGACGUGCACAUGGAUCCCAACAUCGGCAAGCGGCUGAACGCCCUGGGGAACACGCUGACCUCGCUGACGGGGGAGGAGGACGUGGACGACAUCGCCGACCUCAACUCGGUCAACAUGGCCGACCUGUCCGACGAGGACGAGACCGACACCAUGUCCCCCAUCGUCCACGUGGAGCCCAUAGACCACCGGCGGCAGAUCUUGUCGGGGACCCAGACCGUGGAUUCGCGGGGGCGCAAGUUCUCCAAGCGCCUGGUGGACAUCCGCGAGCUGAACGAGCAGGCCAAAGUCAUCGACGACCUCAAGAAACUGGGGGCGAGCGAAGGCACCAUAAACCAGGAGAUCCAGCGGUACCAGCAGCUGGAGUCCUGCGCCGUCACGAAUCCAGGAGGGCACGUGAGGAAAAGCUCCCGGACUGGUACCUGCCUACCUGCGGUGAGCGAUGUGACCUGCCUACGCGCCGCCUCCUUAAAAGACAAAUGGGGCCUGGGGUACAAACCCAGUUACAGCCGGUCCAAGAGCAUAUCUGCUGCCGGAAGAGCCCCCCCAAAGAGGCUGGAGCGGGCCAGCUCUAGAAUUGGGGAUGUCGACGAUCUUCCGGACGUCCGAGUGGAGGCAUCGUCCCCAGGACCCAGAGUCACCUUCAACAUCCAGGACACGUUCCCGGAGGAGACAGAAAUGGACCUGUUGUGUGUCAACGUUGACCAGCCGCCCCGUCAUUUCCUGUCAGUUAGCGAUGGCGCAUGCUCUGUGUUCAGCACCCCCACCUCCACCCCCGUCUUCUUACCCAGCCUUCCCUUCCAGCCCGAAGACAGCCGGCGGGACGACAGCUCUCUGUCGUCCUCCGACGACUCUGAGAAGGAGGAGGAGUUUGACAGGGAGAGGCAGCCAUGUUACUACAGGAGGCCCGUGCAAACGCCGCGCAAGAAGUCGUCCGGUUUCGCGGCGGUUAGCCAGCUCUUCAGCGAGCGCUGGCCCGGCACGCCAGCUAGCCGAAGCAUAGUCAGCUCCGCCACCGAGCGGAACAUCGACUUCGAGCUGGACGUUCGCGUGGAGAUCGACAGCGGCAAGUGCGUGCUGCAUCCCACAACCCAACAGGCGGAGCAUGAUGAGGUCUCGCUGAGAAGGAGCUGUGACCGCAGCUUAAGGAGUCUGGACCAGGAGUCUCCACCAAAGAAGAAGAAGCUUCAGCCGACGUGUACCUCCAGCGCUCACCUUCUGGCAGGGAAGAAGGUCCCAUCAUCCCUGCAGACCAAAUCCUGCGACUCGGAGACCACCGUCUUCUACAUUCCCGGCGUGGACGUCAAGCUGCACUACAACUCCAAGACCCUGAAGACGGAGUCGCCCAACGCCUCUCGGGGCUCCUCGUUGCCGCGGACGCUCUCCAAAGAGUCCAAGCUGUAUGGUAUGAAAGACACCGCGGCCAGUCCUCCCAACCCGGCCCAAAGCAGGACUAACAGCCUGCUUCCUCCCCCUCCCCCACCUAUUCCCUCAGCCAAAGGGAAGGGGAGCGGCGGGGUGAAGACGGCCAAGCUGUACGCCUGGGUGGCCCUUCAGACGCUCCCGGAGGAGAUGGUCAUCAGCCCCUGUCUGCUCGACUUCCUGGAGAAGGCCCUGGAGACCAUCCCCAUCACCCCCGUGGACAGGAACUACACAACCCUUAACUCCCAGGAUGAGGACAUGGGCCAGUUUGACCCUGUGGACCCGCUGGAGGAGUCCACCACGUCCCUGGUGUCCUCCUCAACCUCCGCCUACUCCUCCUUCCCUGUGGACGUGGUGGUGUACGUCCGCGUGCAGCCAUCUCAGAUUCGCUUUAGUUGCCUGCCCAUGUCGCGGGUGGAGUGCAUGCUGAAGCUGCCCUCUCUGGACCUGGUGUUCUCCUCCAACCGGGGCGAUCUGGAGACCCUUGCCCCCUCGCACCCGCCCGAGGGGCUCCACCAGGCGUCCGCGGCAUCGCCGCUCGCACAGAACGUGCUCAAAGCCUCGACGGGCAAAGGCCCCUCUCCAGGUUUGGGCAGCCCUCUGGGGCGGUCCAGGCACAGCAGCAGCCAAUCGGAUCUCACCGGGCCGCCCGCCAACUCUUCGGGCCUCAGCUUCACGGCCUGCAUGUCGGACUUCUCGCUGUUCGUGUUCCACCCCUACGGCGCCGGGAAGCAGAAGUCCGCGGUCACAGGCCUGCCCGCUGGGUCGGGCCCACUGGGUGCCGUGGAUGAGGAGCCUCCAUCGGUGACUGGCAGGAAGGACUCCCUCAGCAUUAACCUGGAGUUUGUGAAGGUCAGCCUGUCCAGAAUGCGCCGCACCGGCUGGCCCACCUUCACCGAGAGCUUCAUCCCGGGAAAGGGGGGCAAGAUGGACACCACCCUCAUCAACAUCUCAGCUGUGUGUGACAUCGGCUCUGCGUCCUUUAAGUACGACAUGCGGAGGCUGAGCGAGAUCCUGGCCUUCCCCCGGGCCUGGUACCGCCGGAGCAUCGCCCGCCGCCUCUUCCUGGGAGACCAGACCAUCAACCUUCCCCCUUCAGGCCCUGCGACGCCGGACUCAGCGGAGAACGUGAGCCAGCACCUGUCCCCGGAGUCGUCCCGGAAGGCCAGCUGGCGGGGGUGGGACCAGUCCAGCCAGUCGGCCUCCUUCCAGCACAUGCCCCAGUCUCCCAAUGUCUUCAACGACCACUCUGCCGCUGCCACCAUGUCCCCGGGGGGGCUGUCCCACCUCAAAUCCCCCGCCCCCUCCCGCUGCAGGAGCGUGUCCGACUCCUCUGUCCCACGGAGAGACUCCGUCACCAAGACGUCCACGCCGUCCUUCAACAAGAACAGCAAGGCCAGCGGUCAGCAGGGGGCGCCGUGGGAGACUCUGGUGGUGUUCGCCAUCAACCUCAAGCAGCUCAACGUCCAGAUGAACAUGAGUAACGUCAUGGGCAACAACACGUGGAACACCAGUGGGCUGAAGAGCCAGGGCCGGCUGUCUGUGGGCAGUAACAGGGACAGGGAGAUCAGCAUGUCCGUGGGGCUGGGCCGGUCCAAGCUGGACUCCAAAGGAGGCGUGGUGGGGGGCAACAUCGACGUCAACACCCUGGAGAUGGUGUCUCACAUCUCGGAGCACCCCAACCAGCAGCCCAGCCACAAGAUCCAGAUCACCAUGGGCUCGACGGAGGCGCGGGUGGACUACAUGGGCUCCAGCAUCCUGAUGGGCGUGUUCAGCAACGCCGAUCUGCAGCUGCAGGACGAGUGGAAGGUCAGCAUGUGCAGCACUGUGGACGCCAGCCUCUCCGAGAAAAGCGAGAUCUUCGUCCAUGGCGACCUGCAGUGGGACAUCUUCCAGGUGAUCAUCUCGCGCUCCACCACCCCGGACCUCAUCAAGAUCGGCAUGAAGCUGCAGGAGUUCUUCACCCAGCAGUUUGACACCAGCAAGCGUGCCCUCUCCACCUGGGGCCCUGUCCACUACGUGCCCCCCAAAGCUCCCAUCGUCACCAUCGAGAAGGGCUCUGCCGAGCUCUACAUGGACGCUGCCCACCACCGCCACUGGCCGGACGUGCUGAAGGUGGUCGCCGGGUGCCACAUCUCCCUCUUCCAGAUGCCCCUCCCCGAGGACGCCGUGCAGCUGGGGGGCUCCAUGAGUCUCCACGGCAACCACAUGACCCUGGCCUGCUUCCAUGGACCAAACUUCCGGUCCAAGUCCUGGGCCCUGUUUCACCUGGAGGAGCCCAAUAUUGCCUUCUGGACCGAGGCACAGAAGGUCCUGGAGGACGGUUCCAAUGACGACUCGACCUACAUCGUGCAGACUUUAGAUUUCCAUCUGGGCCACAACACUAUGGUGACCAAGCCCUGUGGGGCACUGGAGAGCCCCAUGGCAACCAUCACCAAAAUCACCCGCAGGCGGCACGAGAACCCUCCCCACGGAGUGGCCAGCGUGAAGGAGUGGUUUAACUAUGUCACCGCCAUGCGGAACGAAGAGCUCAACCUCCUCCGAAACGUGGACGCCAACAACCCCGAAAGCAGCGCGGCCGCCAAGAGCUCCAGCCUGCUCAGCGGCUUCCGCGGGUCUUCCAGCUACAACCACGAGACGGAGACCAUCUUCGCCCUGCCCAGAAUGCAGCUGGACUUCAAGUCCAUCCACGUGCAGGACCCCGAGGAGCCUUCGCUGGCCGACCCCAGCAGCAAGCCCAAGGUGGAGUGCAGCGUGGUGACCGAGUUCACGGACCACAUCUGCGUCACCAUGGACGCAGAGCUGAUCAUGUUCCUGCACGACCUUGUGUCGGCUUACCUGAAGGAGAAGGAGAAAGCUCUCUUUGCCCCGCGGAUGUUCUCUGCCCGACCCGGCCAGAAGAGCCCCACCACCUCGCAUGACCACAACUCCACCGACAAGGACAAGGACAAGGACAAGGACAAAGACAAGGACAAAGACAAGGACAAAGACAAGGACAAAGACAAGGACAAGGACAAGGACAAGGACAAGGAGGACGCCAUAAACUACACCACCGUGGACUGGAGGGAGUUCAUGUGCAACACCUGGCACCUGGAGCCCACCCUCAGGUUAAUUUCCUGGACCGGAAGGAAAAUUGACCCAGUUGGGGUGGACUACAUUCUGCAGAAGCUUGGCUUCCAUCACGCCAGGACUACAAUUCCCAAGUGGCUUCAGCGAGGUGUGAUGGACCCCCUGGACAAGGUUCUCUCGGUCCUCAUAAAGAAAAUGGGAACCGCACUGCAAGAUGAGAAAGAAAAGAAAGGAAGAGAGAAAGAUGAACAUUAGCAACAUAGUCUGUCGCUCAGUCUGAACCCGCAAAUGUGAAAUGCUUAUCAUAUAAGUCCAAGGGUUCACUCAGCAUGAAAACAAAAUGCUCAUUUUUUCCAAACACUGGAUCUCUCCUCGCUACUGUAAACUGCAUUUCCCAUAGGCACCCACUGCUACUGCCCGACCAUGUGACUUGGAAAUGUUUACUGUGGUGCAUGCUGCCACUGUAUGGAGUUGUGACCCAAAUCGUUGCACAACUGUUGUAUUAUGUAUAUUUUGAACAGAAAGUAGGGAUUUAAUGUUACGUGGCUGCUUAGACUUUUUUUUUAAUGAAACGUGCAAUAGACUAAUGUAUAUAAAAUAACUGUAUUGACACUUUAAUGUGAAUUUGAUAUGUGUUGAUUUUAACAUAAUAAAAUCAUGGCCAUCAUGUGUUCCGAUUUGA